GCAGAUUUUGUGAGAAAAUGGUGAUUCUGCGGUUUGCGACCCUUCUGCUGCUGGGAACCUACGGUUCGUUCGGUUUUAGCUAUGAGGAUAUGGAAGAAGAUGACACUUCUCGGCUGACGGACUCGCAAAUUCUGACUGAACUGAAUCCCACCGAAACAGAGGAGGGUAAUCCAAUUGUACAAGGUGACAUAGUCCUCCCUCCGGGAAGCAAGCGAGAAGAUUUUAAAGGAAUUGUUAACGUCGUUACUCUCUGGACCAAUGGAAAAAUUUCUUAUAACUACCACAGUUCUGUAGAUGAAGAUUUAAAAACUAUGAUUCGUGGAGCCAUGGAUGAAUGGGAAAAACACUCCUGCUUAAAAUUCACUGAGAAAGUCUUCGACUUUAACUACUUGCGAUACAGAAGUGAUAAAGAAGGUUGCUGGUCUAUGAUUGGACGCAUUAAUUCACCAUUUGCACCGCAAGACGUUUCCAUUGGUCAAGGAUGCAACAGAACAAAUAUCAUUGUCCAUGAGAUCGGCCAUGCCAUCGGAUUUUACCAUGAACAGUCUCGAAAUGACCGUGACGAGUACAUUAAAAUUUUGUGGCACAAUAUGCCAGUGGCACGGUAUUCGCAGUUCGACAAGGGGCUGGAGAGUCCAAGAGGAGUCGAAUACGACUAUACAUCUGUCAUGCACUACGGACCCAUGGCUUUUACAUCUAAAUACUUCCAAAAGAAUACCAUUGCUGCCAGAAACCCGCAUCGCCAAACAUUAAUCGGAUCUGGGAUGAAAAUAAGCUUCCGCGAUGCUAAACUAAUCAAUAAAAUGUAUUCUUGUAGUGUGCACUGUCCGAACAACAAUGAAAGUCAGUGUCUAAACGGAGGUUUCCUCUCCCCUUAUCGGGGUGAUCAGCAACCUUGUGACUGCGUCUGUCCUCCAGGAGCUACUGGAGAGUUUUGCGAAAACGUAUCAGAGCCUUUCGAAUAUUACGAGCUUCCACCAUGCGGUGGCAAUGUAACAGAAGAUGCUGAAAUUUCAACUCCUGGAUAUCCUCAAAGGAGUCCUCCAAAAGAUUCAUGCAGUUGGUGGAUACAAGCUCCUGAAGGGAAACAAGUUCAAGUUGAAUUCAUGGAUUUUAGUUUCGCACCCCGUGUUCAAAAUAAUGCCAGCAGAUGGCAUGAAAAAUGCUAUGAUGAACGUGUUGAAAUCAGAACCAGAAAUCGAUAUGAUGGAGAUAUGUUUUGCGGCGAAGACAUUCCUCCAGGUACCGUGGCGACAUCUGCAGAAAGAGAAUUCAUCAUCAUUAUCGACACCAAAGAGAGUGCUCAAACUGGAAGGGGGAUGAGGGCCAAAGUGACCAUGGUGGACGAUGAAACUCCAGAGGAAUCAGCAGAAUACAAAGACACACUUCGCCGCUAUUCGCUUCCUUGACCAUUUAAAAAUCAAUCAUAUCUGUGUUUUUUAUGACUGUUUUGC